AGAUGGCAAGUUUGAACUUUCAUGUUUGUUUCUUGGUUUUCUUUGCAAGUCUUCUCAUUCCAACCAGCAGCCAAAGUCGUCUUUGGUCUGCAAAGAAUCAUGCUGCCUUAUUCAUCUUUGGAGAUUCAUUAUUCGAUGCUGGCAAUAAUAAUUACCUACAAAAUGCUGCUUUUCGGGCAUAUUUUUGGCCCUAUGGUGAAACAUUCUUUAAGUUUCCUACUGGGAGAUUUUCUGAUGGUCGAUUAAUUCCAGAUUUUAUUGCUGAGAAUAUAAAAUUACCAUUUAUUCCACCCUAUCUCCAGCCUGGUAAUCAUUAUUAUACAUUUGGAGUGAACUUUGCAUCUGCUGGGGCUGGUGCUCUAGUUGAAACGCGUCAAGGAAUGGUGAUAGACCUGAAAACUCAGCUUGAAUAUUUCAAGGAUGUGGAGCAGCAGAUCAGGCAGAAACUAGGUGAUGCUGAAGCCAACACAUUAAUAUCAGAAGCUAUUUACUUAUUUAGCAUUGGAGGCAACGAUUACAUUGAACUUUUCAUCUCAAAUUCCAGUGUGUUUCAGUCCUACUCCAGAGAGGAGUACGUUGGGAUUGUUAUGGGCAACCUGACAACUGUCAUCAAAGAAAUUUAUAAGAGUGGAGGAAGGAGAUUUGGAUUUGUAAAUAUAGGGCCUUAUGGUUGUGCACCUUUCUCAAGGACACUAAACGCCAGCGGUGGCUGCCUGGAUGAAGCCACAAUUCUAAUAGAACUACACAAUAUAGCACUUUCUAAUGUCCUUAAAGAUCUACAAGAAGAGCUAAAAGGGUUUCAAUAUUCAAUUCUUGAUUUCUUUACUACUUUGAGUGAAAGAAUGAACAAUCCUUUAAAAUAUGGAUUUAAGGAGGGGAAAGUGGCAUGUUGUGGGUCAGGGCCAUUCAGAGGAAUUCUGAACUGUGGAGGAAUGGGAGGGUUACAAGAGUAUGAAUUGUGUGAUAAUCCCAACGAUUAUGUAUUCUUUGAUGGUGGUCAUCUUACUGAGAAGGCCUACAAUCAACUUGCAAACUUAAUGUGGAGUGGAAGUCCCAAUGCUACCCAGCCCUACAAUCUCAAGACUAUCCUCCAAGCUUAAACAUGAAUCUAAGGCUUUUAUUUUAUCCCAAAAUGUAUAGUCAAUAAAAACUGAAGAAAACAUAUACACUUGAUGUGUAUUCAUCUAAAAAGAUAAUAAUAUUAUUAUCAUGUUUAAAAAAU